CUAUGGAGGAGGCAGAAGAAGAAGAAGAGGAGGAGGAGGCAGCUGCUAUGGAGGAGGCAGCAGAAGAAGAAGAAGAGGUGGUGGAGGAGGCAGAGGAGACAGCUUCUGUUGGGGAGGAAGUGCAAGAGGAAAAAGUAGAGGAGGAGGAGGUGGUUGAAGGAGAAGAAGAGUUAUCUGAGGAGGCAGAUCCUGUGGAGGUGGCUGAGGAGAAAGAGGAGGAAGAAGUUGCUGAGAUUGCUUUACCUGAAGAGGAGGAGAAGGUAUCUGAGGCUGAUCAAGAAAUUGCAAGCUCUGAAGAAGGACAGGAAGUGAAUGACGAAGCUCAACCUGCUGCUGAGGAAGCUGAGGGAGAACCAGCUGAGGAGCCACAAGGUGAAGCUUCACAGGAUGAGACAGAGGUAUCUGCUGAGGAGGUUAUAGAAACUGACCUACUGGAGGAUGUAGAGGAGGAAACUCCCACAGCUGAAGAGGUGGCUGAAUCGCAACCAGAAGAACCAACGGAGACUCCUGCACUAGACUCAGAACCUGUGGAUGUUGAGCCACAGGAGACACCCAAACCUGAGGAUGAGCCAGAACCAGAAGUGACGGCAGAAGCGGACACUGAAGCUGUGGUGGAAGCUGAAUCUGAACCUGAAGUCAUUUCAGAGCCUGAACAGGUGAUUCCUGAAGCAGAGCCAGAGCCUGUUCUGGAGGAGGUCACUGAGGAACCUGAAACAGUGGAAGCAACAGUGGAAGAGGCUCCUGUGGUUACUGAGGAGGCCACAGUGGAGGAGGAACCAGCAGAGCCUCAAGCCAAAGGACGUGAGGACAGUGAGGCAGCAGGCCCGGCACUGAGGGACCGCUCCCACAUCGAGGACACACUGCGAUUGGCUACAGCAGAACCCUCUGCAGAGUUUUCGGCUGCCAUGAAGACACUGUUGGACAUUUACCACACGGCCAUCAAACCAAUGGAACAGGCCUACAAGUACAAUGAGCUCAGGCAGCAUGAAGUCACAGAUGGUGAGAUUACCUCUAAACCCAUGGUUUUGUUUCUGGGACCCUGGAGCGUUGGCAAAUCCUCUAUGAUCAACUACCUGCUGGGUCUUCACGGCACCUCGCAGCAGCUCUACACAGGUGCUGAGCCCACCACCUCAGAGUACACCGUCAUAAUGCAUGGUGACAAGUUUCGGACCAUAGAGGGAAUUGUAAUGGCAGCAGACAGCUCACGCUCUUUCUCUCCUCUGGAGAAGUUCGGCCAAGGCUUCCUGGAACGGCUGGUGGGCAUCGAGAUGCCUCACAAGCUGCUGGAGAGGGUCACUUUAGUUGACACGCCUGGCAUCAUCGAAAACCGCAAGCAGCAGGAGAGAGGUUAUCCCUACAAUGACGUGUGCCAGUGGUUUAUUGAUCGAGCUGAUCUUAUCUUCCUGGUGUUCGACCCCACCAAGCUGGACGUUGGCGGGGAGCUGGAGAUGCUCUUCAGGCAGAUGAAGGGCCGCGAGUCCCAGAUCCGCCUUAUCCUCAACAAGGCAGACAGUCUCACCACCCAGGACCUAAUGAGGGUCUACGGUGCCCUGUUCUGGAGCAUGGCGCCCCUGGUCAACGUCACAGAACCUCCACGAGUGUACGUCAGCUCCUUCUGGCCUCAGGAAUACGCUCCUGACACCAGCCGAGAACUUUUCAUGAAGGAGGAGACCUCUUUGCUGGAGGAUCUAAACCAAAUGAUUGAGAACCAGUUGCAGAACAAAAUCGCUUUCAUCCGUCAGCAUGGCAUCCGUGUGCGUAUCCAUGCCCUGCUGGUGGAUCGCUACCUCCAGACCUACAACGAUAAGCUGGGCUGGUUCAGUGACCCCUAUGAGGUUUUCCAAGACAUUGUAACUGACCCAGACAAAUACUACAUCUUCAAGUCCAUUCUGGCCAAAACCAACAUCAGCAAGUUCGACCUGCCUGACAAAGAGGCCUACCAGGACUUCUUUGGGGUAAACCCAGUUUCCAGCUUCAAGCAGCUCUCCUACCACUGCAGCUGGACCAGUGGCUGUCUGCUGGACAAGAUAGAGAAGGCCGUCUCACAAGACCUCCCAGCUCUGCUCAGCAGCCUCAACAAGGCCUCGGAGACACCUGCAGCAGCAGCAGUGAAAGCCACCCCGCCGCCUCCCCCACCGCUCCCUGGCACCUGCGAAGAGCCUGGGUGUGAGGAGAAACCCAAGAACCACUGGAGGAGGCAGUGAGGAGGAGGAGAAGGGUGCAGAGGAGGAGGAACAGAGGAGGCAGAUGGCAGCAGCCAGAGGCUUUCCUGAAACAACCCCCACUGCUGUGACUUUCAUGGCUGUAUGUGGGGAGAGAGAUGGAGGGAGAAAACAAACUGAAAAUGUGCAGAAGUACCAAGCAGACCAGGGUCAGAAAACUUCAUAGUAUUUAUUUUUUAUCUGCAUGGAGUAUCAGAUGGAUGGAUUUUUACUGCACUGGGAGAGUACACACGUUGUAGAUUCCAACACUGAUUUCCAAACAUUUUUCUGCUUCACCUUAAACAUACAUGACACCAGUAUGGCUGACAAAACAGUGGAGAUUUGACCAGCAUUGAUAGAGAGUAAAUAUAUUUUUAUAUCUAAAAUAUUUGCAGCAGAACUAUAUCGGUAAGAGAUUAAAAUACGACAAAAAAAUCAAGAUCUCCUUCUAAAUUUCCUGCAUUAUCUCUCAUGUUGAUGAAAUUGUGGUGUGAUUGCAGAGUUUUCAGAAAUGUCAUUGUUUUAGACUUCAUACAUUAUUUAUUUGCUCUUUAUUUCUGCAGAGGAAGAUGUUGGCACUAACUUCUACAGAGGUAAAUGCUGACACUGUUGUGUUUUCUGUGUUCUUCACAAAGUCUGAAAGUUAAGACAAAUCUAUCAUGCUGUGUUUUUCUGUCUUUGUCCAACUAAACAUCAUGCCGCUGUCCUGAAACUCAGUGUUAUUCAUCAACACAGGGUACACACUGUUUAUGAUGGGUGUAAUUGAACUGCUGUUUUCCUAGCUUGGUUAGACGACAAGCUGCAUUGUACAAUAUUAUUCACUCUGCUGCAAGUUUUAUGUUCCCUUUUUCAUACAUAGGUAAGGCUCAGCUGACUGAAACAGACAUGUUCUACUCCAAAUCCCAUCAUUCAGUCAUAAUUUCUAUUUAAUUUCAUGUUUUUUAUGCCUCUGAACUAUUGCUAGGUUUACAUCAGCGAGCCUACAAACCACAGGGACAUUUCUUUUAUUUGGAAUUAAAUCUUUAAUUCCUUGUUAAUUUUGGCCUGUUUGUAAUGGUCAGUUUUUGUGAUUUCUUUUGAAUAAACAACAACAACAAAAA